AUGUUCGGGAUACCGCUCAACGCGCCAUCCUCGGACAAGGCACUCUUCGACUUCUUGCCUGUGAAGUUGCCAGAUGGCCAGCAGGCCUUUCUGCCGCGGCCUGGAGGCGCACCUUUCAACGUGUGUCUUGCAGCGAAAAGGCUUGGUGCCGAUGUCAGCUACCUCGGUGCCCUGUCUACCGACAUGUUCGGGGAGGAGCUGCACAAGACCCUGGAGUCAGAGAAGGUGGACAUGAGCAUGGCUCCACGUGUACCGAACCCUUCCACGCUGGCGUUUGUGAGCAAGCCGCCAGGAGCUGAUGUUCGCUAUGCGUUCUUUAAGGACAAUGCUGCUGACCGAACGUUAACAGCUAGGACCGUCGGCAAUGCAUUGGCAGCAAAGUCGUUCGGAGCUGUCCAUGUCAGCAUGGGAGCCAUCACUCUGGAGGACACGAGCAUGGAGCAGGCAUUUCAGGAAGCCUUCAAGAGGGUCCAUGCUGCUGGAGGUUUUACAGCCUUUGAUCCCAACCUGCGCGGGCCUAUGAUUAAAGGCAGCCCAGCCGACUAUGCGGGCAAAGUGGAGGCCUUCGCGAGGCACUGUGAUUGCGUGAAGUCGUCGGAUGCCGACAUCGAGUUUCUAUAUGGUGCAGGUGUGGAUCUGGAGGCUAUCGCCAAGAAGUGGUUGCAGCAGGGCCCCAAAAUAGUCGUGAUCACACGCGGCCCAGAUGGAGCCACUGCGUGGUUUCGUCAAGGGAAGAACGGGCCAGUCACGUCCCUGUCGGCUUUGCCCCCGUGCAAGCCACCGAUGACCAUCGACGCCAAGGGCCAACAGGCGCCUGUGGCGGACACCGUCGGUGCUGGAGACACAUGCAUGGGUGCGUUGCUUUGUGGUUUCCUGGGUAAGGAUGGUGGCAAAUCGUUGGCGGCGCAGCUCGUGGGUUCCGCCCCUUUUGAUGAGGCUGCGGCUGUGCGCCUCCGAGAAGUUAUGUUUGCAGCUGUGACGGCUGCUGCCAUCAACGUUUCCCGCGCAGGUUGCGACCCACCAACUGCACCCGAGCUGCAGCAGGUGGUAGCAGCUCGAAGAUGA